UCCACAGCAAAACGCUGUACGAUCUUCUCGAUAAGCGUUUGUUUGACACCUGUUUUGGCUGGAACCACGGUGGCUAGUCGUCUGACUUGCUGCCAGCGUACAAUGAGCCUGUGACUCUGCUGGGAGCACAACAUCCCUGACUACUCGACUAGAUGACUACACUGGCUGGAUGUGUUGGUUUGUUUGCCGUCUGAUUGGGUGCAGGUUUGUUUUAAAGACGCGACGAGGGACAACAACGGCACACAACAAGACAUCGACAUCGACUCGCUGAGAGACCAAGCUAGACCUGACAAGAAAGCCAGGACGAUAGUAGCAGAUGGCCGCCUCUUCUGAGGAUGAGCAUGAGCACGAUGACGGCAGCUAUCGUACAGCGUCUAGCUUUCCUAGCCCGCUACCAACAGCCGCGAACACACAAAAGCUACGCCGCGUCUCUGAGCGUUCUGACCACAGCGAUCGCACAGUUCGCAACGUGCGCAGUCGCUCUUCGGAUUCGACGCCCUCGAGGCGUACGGGGAGAAGCGAGGUGACUACCGGCCCAGCUGCUUCGCGACAGCAGCCAAGCCUUGCUCCAAGACCGCCGCCCAUGUCGCGCAAAAGUACAUCGCGUCUAGGCAAGGCACUGCAUCCGCACCGUAUAUUCAGUACGGAUGAUAGUGAGCGCGAGAUCCAAGCAGACGCAGAUGCGAUCCUCUCGCGCGCGGACUCAAGAACACAAGCGCUUUCUGGUGAGCGCAGGUUGGCGCCUUUCAUGGUUAGACCAAUCAGCAGUGGCCUUGAUCUUGAAGAGACAAGUGAUGAACAGGAGCUUGGCAGCGACGGUGAGGCUUUGGACAAUGAAGGCGAAGUAAACCCUGAAGAUGACAUUGACGGUGCUAGUCUGCAUACGUCAGCCUCAGACGAGUCCUUCACCUUAAAGGCACGCCAAGAAGCCAUUAACAAGUCGCAUCCAUUUGGAAUCAGAAUUUGGAAACCUGCGCUCUACAAGAAGAAACGAUCUGUGCAAAAGGCUGCAGAAGGUGAGAUCCACUCUACACCGGGGCGCCGCAAUCUUGAGCGCUUCAGUCUCGGCAAUGUCCUCUGGACACUGCUAUUUGGAUGGUGGAUCUCGCUGGUUGUCUUGGUCGUCGCUGUGGUGUGCUUUAUGCUAGUCUGGACUCAUUCAGGUCGCUCUUAUGGCAGACUAUGUGUCGGCUUGGCAGUCUACAUGUUUUACCCCUUUGGUCAGUACGUCGAGCUCAAGACGGACGAACAGUAUGCUGAGGAGGAUGAGGGGCUAGGCAGGACGUUCGCCGACUUGGCGGACAUUGAGCACUUUGCAACGAGCAAUCCAAGCGUCUCUGCGCCGGCAGAUGCAAGCUGGAACGAUGAACAUCAACCGCUGCUCACUGGCAUCGUUGGUGGUAGAACCAAUACGCAGGCCAUCAAUCCCAAGCGCAGAGCAUUCGGUCGCGGACAAUGGAGCCUAGGUCGGAUCGUCUUUUUCCUGCUCUACUACCUGCUUGUGGUGCCAGUCUUGUCUCUUGUUGCGAUCAUCUGCUGGCUUGCCGUCUUUCCACUUCCCAUGGCCAAGCUGUGCUUUCUUCUUAUUCAUCAUCUGCGUUCGCAUCCUUUGGCACUCUCUUUUCAUUGGAGCAUCAAGUCUAGCUUCCAAAGCGGAUCCCCAGACAGGACCGUCAUCCUGUGUACGUACCGGGCCAUGGGCUUGCGCUACUACAAGUACACCGUUGAUGGCACCAACAUUUUCUUCAUCAACCUGCUCUUUGUGGUGCUCUUUACGAUCCUAGACAACUAUGUGCUUGUGCCAAUCUUUGGCUCUGGACUCUGGUUCACAAGCAGAGCAUUUAUCUUUGCCAUGUCGCUACUUUCCAUCAUCCCUCUCGCUUACUUUGUUGGCCAAGCAGUGGCGAGUAUCUCUGCGCAAUCAUCAAUCGGUAUGGGCGCGGCCAUCAAUGCCUUCUUUGGCUCGGUGAUCGAAAUCUUUCUAUACUGCGUGGCUCUGAGCCAAGGUAAAGGUUUACUGGUUGAAGGCAGUAUUGUUGGCAGUAUCCUGGCUGGUAUUCUGCUGAUGCCUGGCUUGUCCAUGUGCUCGGGAGCUGUCAUUCGCAAAACACUGAGAUUCAAUGCUAAGGCAGCCGGAAUUACAUCGACCAUGAUGCUGUUUGCGGUUAUUGGCGCUUUUGGUCCAACUCUCUUCUAUCAAAUCUAUGGCAGCUAUGAACUCAAGUGCACUGGCUGUCGACGAGGCGAUGAUUGCAAGCGCUGCUAUUUUGACCAAAAUACAGCCAUCAGUGAUCCAUUCUAUCAAGAGAGCGUCAAGCCCUUCACCUACCUAUGUGCUGUCUUGCUCAUUCUUUCUUACCUCAUUGGGCUAUGGUUUACACUGCGUACACAUGCUGCUUUAAUCUGGCAAACAACGCCCGUUCACGAGGUCAAGCACAGCAUUGCCACGGAAGGCCAUGGCAUGCGUGAAAGCUGCCUCGAUUCGCCAAGGUUGGCAUCUCGACCAGGUUCGGUUCGACGCUACCCACAACCACCGUCUGUACAUGCUGAAACACGAGACGUUGGUACAUCGCGAGUCUCUGCCAAAGAUGUGUUGCGCCAAUUGAAGGAACGUCGAGGACAAAGUCUAGCAGAUCUUAUUACAAAAGAUCCUAUGGCAUUCUAUGAACGGGUUGCAGAAAUUGCUUCGCAUGCCACUGCAUCGGCUUUGGAGCGCGACCGUGUCGUUGCAAAGCAAAAGCGCAUGUCUACCAGGACUGAAGCUGAACGUGUUGAACCAUCGACUGCUGCAGUGGAAGAGGAAGCAUUGCCACACUCUGGCCAUGAUGCGCCAAAUUGGUCGCGACUCAAGUCUGUGGCUGUGCUGCUCGUUGCAACCUUGUUUUAUGCCAUCAUUGCCGAGAUCCUCGUCGACACGGUCGAUGUUGUACUGGAGAAUAUCCAGAUUGAGGAAAAGUUCCUGGGAUUUACGCUAUUCGCCUUGGUCCCCAACACCACCGAAUUCAUGAAUGCCAUUUCAUUUGCCAUGAGCGGCAACAUUGAGCUGUCGAUGGAGAUUGGUUCUGCGUAUGCGUUGCAAGUCUUGCUCUUACAAAUCCCAGCGCUCGUUGCUUUUUCGGCAUACAAGAAUUGGGAUCGUGUGGAUAUUCCGGCAUACACAUUCAGCCUCAUCUUCCCACGUAUGUUUCACUCUUGCUUCUUGGCGCUUGCUGACCGCUUAGGAUGGGACCUGGUCAUGGUCAUCUUGUGUGUCUUUUUGCUGGCGCAUGUGUACGCUGAGGGCAAGUCCAACUACUUCAAGGGAAGUAUCCUCAUCAUGUCGUACAUUGUCGUCGGCACCGGAUUUUACAACAUCCCUGUGAAGGAAGAGGGAAACAUAUAGGCUUGAUGGUGUGUUGUUGUUUUGGGAGUCUCAAGGUAGCGUAAGCGGUGUUGUGCACAUACAUGCCAUGAAGAUGAUUUCACCAUCGGUCGUGAUGGACCACCUUGUCGUCUCUAUACGGCUCAGCCUCGAGCUCCGCGUCCUCUUCAUCCUGAGCAAGGUAGAAGCGCGGCUUGCCCUCUGGGAUGGCCAUCUCGCAGUCUACUUCAGUUUGACAGACACGGUCAAAGAGGAAGUAGAAGAAGGCAAAGAGCGCAACGACGAGGCCCGCGACGGAACACGCGGCGGGCAGCAUCUU